CUCUCCCAUUUCUACACGCGAUUACGGGCAUCCCUCAAAUGAAGAGUUUUUUCGUUAUCUCGAAAUUCUAGGGAUGUCUGUGCUGAAUAGCUGGUGGUUUCGAGCCGUUGCUGCGGUAGCAUUAUUCUUUAUGUGCCAAUUAGGUUAUAUGAUUUCACGUGUCCAGAAUUUAGAUGAGGAGAAAAUCACAUUGCUUGCAGAGAUCCAAACAUUGGAACGAAAAAGAGAUGCAUUACUCAUGGACAUGGGGAAUAAAGAACGCGAUAUUGUGCGGUUGAGCAGGAAGGAACAACAACUAGAAGUUUUAGUUCGAGACCGGCUAAGACUGGUGCCAACGGGCAGAAAAAAUGCUCCAACAAUCUAUUUUGUCACACCUACAAGCUUUCGACCAGCUCAAAAGGCCGACCUUACACGACUUUCAUACACUCUUUCACAUGUUCCAAAUCUGUACUGGAUAGUAAUCGAGGAUGCAGUGACAACUUCAGAUAGCGUGGCUAGAAUUCUACAAAGAUCAAAACUGCCACAUACGCAUCUAUGCGUCAAAACUCCAACAAACAUGAAGAUGAAACACUCUGAUCCAAGCUGGAAGUUGCCACGAGGAGUUGCACAGCGCAAUGCAGCAUUGGCUUGGGUCAGGACACAAUUGUCGAGCGCAAAAACUGGAGUUGUCUAUUUUGGUGACGACGACAACACUUAUGAUCUACGUUUGUUCGACGAGAUCCGGUCUAUAGAUCGAAUCGGGAUAUGGCCUGUGGGCAUUGUUGGUGGUCUUGUGGCCGAGAAACCCUUUUUGGCUGAAAACGGUUCUGUGAUAGGCUUCAAUGCAAUUUGGAAGCCAGAACGUCCGUUUCCCAUAGACAUGGCUGCGUUUGCAGUGAAUCUUACACUGGUUACUGCAAAUUCAGAAGCUUCGUUCUCCUACGAAGUAGCAAGAGGUUAUCAGGAAUCACAUUUUUUGACGGGAUUGGGUUUCAAAAGGACUGACCUGGAGCCAAAGGCAAUGAAAUGCACUCGUGUAUAUGUAUGGCAUACCAGAACGGAAAAGAGUGUGCUGUCCAAAGCGGAUUGGGAUAGAUUAGUAACGCAGGAGCGAGCGAAGCUGCAAGUUUUUUUUGAAUGGAAUUCUUGUCAUAAUUCGUGGUGCCUAAUUAAUUACACUUCUUAUUGGAGACUUUUUACUUAUCGAUUUACUGUGCAACGCAUUCGCAUGCAUGGGAGAGAAAAAGAGCCAGUCAUCAUCGGCGGUUCGACUACAAAUAGCAAUAAGCUUAAAUCGCUAUCAUGGAGUUCGGCUUCACAUGAGCGAGCACAGAAGAUCUCGCAAGGAUUCGAUCAGAAUGCAAACGAUAGAAAAGCGAUACGAGCGCCGAAAUUGAUCUGGUGGAUACUGCCGGAUGCUGCUGAUAGUGCUUUCAAUAAACUAAUUGUUAUGACGGACCGGCUGAUUACGAUUUCUCCGGAUUGGUCCUACAUUGCUGUCGAAAAUCUUACAUUGGUUACGGCGAAUCCAAAAGCUUCGUUCUCUUACAAAGUGGCAGGACUUUAUCAGAGGACUGAUCUUAAGCCAAAGGCAAUGAAACACAUGUGUGUAGUAUGUAUGGCAUACCAGGACGGAACAAAGUGUCAAAAGCAGAUUGGAAUGGAUUGUCAACCUAGAAUCGAUGGAAAGCUAGCCAUGGGAGAGAGAAAGGGUCAGAAUUUCUAUUAUCCACCGGAUUUCGACUACAAAAAGCACAAAAGCUUAAAUCGCUAUCAUGGAGUUCAUGCUUUACGUGAGCGAGCACAUAAGAUUUCGCAAGGGAUUCUUGUCAUCAGAUUCGAAAUGCCAUUCAACAUUUGGUGCCUUGGCUGCAAUAAUCACGUUGGAAUGGGUGUACGUUAUAACGCUGAAAAGAAGAAGAUUGGCAUGUAUUAUACUACUCCUCUUUACGAAUUUCGUAUGAAGUGUCAUCUUUGCGACAACUACUUUGUCAUAAGAACAGACCCCAAGAAUUUUGACUACGAACUGGUAGAAGGAUGUACACGACAAGAGAAACGAUUCGAGCCGUCUGAAAUUGAUCAAGUGGAUACUGCCGACAGUGCCGUCAGUCAUAAAUUAGCCGCAGAUGCCAUGUUCAAAGCCGAACACCAAGAAGAUGACAAAAGUAAAGCUACAAAUGAUGAAGUUCGAAUGGAGAAGAUUGAAUGGGUCCAGGAAAGGCUCCGUGACGAUUUUGCUGCAAAUCAAGCGCUUCGUGCACAGUUCAGGAAAGAGAAAAAGGAACUGACUGAAAAAAGAGCUCGAGAUGAUGAUCUUCGUGCGCGAUGCUCCUUGAGCAUACCCCUCGCUCCGGAGGAUCCGAACGAUAAAAAGGUAGCCGGCAUGCUGACCCGGUAUCGAACGGUUAAAACUUAUGACGAGCGUAUGGAAGAGAAACGGAACGAAAUAACUGCAAAGCGGAUAUUUCAGUCUAUAUCCAGUGGACCAUCGACGUCAUCUGCUAAAUCGGACACUCCUUCAUCUAUAGAAAGGCUAAAAACUAGCAUAAGACGUGAUCGUAAUCGGAAAAUCAAUAACAGUUUUGAAGCCGGACCUGCUCCCAAAAAAUCAUCGCUUUCACUCGGCAUUGUGCGAAAGAACAUAAAAUGUGAGGUGGAUGAGCAUGGAGAGGAGAUACAUGCGGAGGAAGUUGUUAGCGCGGAGGUUAAGGAUGAGAAGGAGGUGAACGGCACAGCUGCUGCGUCUGGACUAGUGGCUGAUUACGAUUCGUCAGGAUCGGAUUGAGUAGAUGUUUUAUUGUAAAUAUGUACAUAAAAAUAACAAUGGAUUG